AUGGCGUCAACAAAAUCCGAGCGCGUCGAAAACGCGCUGCAAUCCCUUCUCGAGCGUCUCGUGCCCGCACAACAACCUGGAGAAGAUGAAGACCGAGCCGACCAACGCUGGGAAGACGCGAAUAACCUCGCCCACGACAUUCUUGACCGCGGAGAAGAUGAAGCCGUCCCUGUUGAGGACGUCAAUCAUGCCGCGGAUCUGAUCAAGAGGAAGUUGUUACGCGAGAAUGUCAGUCCCGAGAAGGCCACGACCUUUGGGAAUCUGUACUCGAGGUUGCUGGCGCAGCCUGUGCUAGGGAAGAAGUGGGCGAUACUUUACUUUUUGCUGAGAGUUGGUGAGGAAGAGAUGGAUGGGAUACCACAAGGAAGGGCGGGGAGCAUAGGGGUUGAGAGUCGAGAUAUGGGAAGAGACGGAUAUGGUGAAGAGGUGGGCGGUAGUGAGGGACGAUAUGAGGGGCAGAACGAUAUGUUUGACGAUGCCUUUGCGCGGAAUGGAUUGCCGAGAGUCCCUGAGCCUUCAGGACCUGAGAGUCCGAGGAAACCGCCGACGAGAGAUCGAGAGAGACCUGUGCCGUCGAGAUCGAGACCACAGCAGAGCGAGGAGGCGGCGCCCGAGUCGCCUCGUAAGAAGACUACGGAUGGACUGGAACCGCCAGAGUCCGCGUUGCUGAGAGAUCUGCCGUUCACACUACAAGGGCUGUCGUCGAACAACUUGCCAUUCGCAGACAAGAAGUCACUCAAGCUGCCUCCGACUCUCCCAGUACCUCUGGUUUCACUUCUUCACACUCUGGCCGAGCCGUCGCUCUUGUACAGGUCGCUUUCAGAAUUUGUGGAGUCCACAGAAGGUGGAUUGGUGGGACAAGCUCUACGUUCUGCAAUUGGUAUCGAACUGAGAUCAUAUCUUGGACUGGUUGCUACUCUGGAAGGUCAAAUACGAAGAGCCCUUACUCAUUUGGAUGAGAAUCAGCCCGAUGAAGGACUUGGGAAAGCCGGUGUUACUUUGAAAAGAUGCGUGGUCUGGACUCGAGAAGCUACGCUGGGCUUGAGACUGAUGAGCAUGAUGGUCGAGUCGGCGAAGGGCAAGAAAGGAGGCGAGCUCAUAAGUCUCAUUCACAGCUUCUCUUCGUCACAUGGCGAUCCUUUCGUGCACAGCUUUGCUGAAAGGUUGCUUGUACAUGUCACCAGGCCAUUCUACAACAUGCUUCGAGCCUGGAUCUAUGAUGGCGAGCUAGAGGACCCUUAUCAGGAGUUCUUCGUUUUCGAGAACCAAGAUCACGAGGACAGCGGCGCGACGAGCGUCUGGGAGCACAAGUACAGGUUCAAGGAAGCCAUGAUACCUUCUAUCAUGACCCAGGACUUCGCAAAGAGAGUGUUCCUCAUCGGGAAGAGUUUGAACUUCAUUCGAUAUGGAUGUGGUGAUAGCGGCUGGGUAGAAUCGUACAGCAAGUCCGCUUCUCGAGAGCUGAAGUACGGUGACAUGGCGAUGCUUUCUACAAGCAUUGACGAGGCCUACAAGACGGUCAUGGCGCGACUGCUAAGCUUGAUGGAGAACAAGUUUGCACUUCACUCACAUCUGCAAGCACUCAAGAACUUCCUGCUUUUGGGCCAAGGAGACUUCAUCGCGCUGCUCAUGGAAUCUCUCGCUUCGAAUUUGGAUAGGCCGGCUAACAGCCAGUACCGACAUACUCUCACGGCACAAUUGGAACAUGCAAUCCGCAAUUCGAAUGCACAGUAUCAGAGUCCGGAUGUUCUACGUCGACUGGAUGCACGUAUGUUGGAGUUGAGCCAUGGUGAGAUCGGCUGGGAUGUGUUCACACUGGAAUAUCGAGUCGACUCGCCCCUGGAUGUCAUCGUCACGCCUUGGGCUAACAAGCACUACCUUAAAGUCUUCAACUUCCUUUGGCGGAUCAAGCGAGUCGAGUUCGCGCUCUCGACCACCUGGCGAAGAUUACAGACUGGAGCGAGGGGCGUCCUGGCAGCUGUCAGUGACAAGCUUGGAGAAGACUGGAAGAAUGCGAGGGGAAGACUUGCCGAGAUGAUCCACUUCAUCGACCAGCUGCAGUACUACAUCCUAUUCGAAGUCAUCGAAGCUGGGUGGAACGGCCUACAGAAGGAUAUUCGCAAGCCGGACGCUACGCUUGAUACACUGAUCACUGCGCAUACAGUGUAUCUGCGCUCGAUCACGAGAAAGGGGCUGCUAGGAGGCGGUGGAGCACUCGACUUCACCACGCAGCUACACGAGCUGUUGAAGCUCAUGCUUGGAUACAGAGAUGCUGUGGAUAGCCUGUACAGCUACAGCGUUGCUGAGUUCACACGACGGCAGGAACUGUCAGCCAAGAUCGAGACCAGGACGAAGGCCGGAAAAUGGGGCAUCACAGAGGCAGACGAAGACGUCCAAUCGCCUCUGUUCCCUACAUCCAGUGUCCGCAAUCGACUACGAGAGCGCGAGACGGAUUCUCCCCUACCACAACUCCUGCCCGUGCAAGGCAUCGAUGGAGAGAGGAAUAUGCUCGAUCAGCUACGACAGAGGCUCAAAUCGCUGGCAAUCGAUUUCCGGUCGAGGACAAAUGUCCUGCUGGGCGAUCUGGCAUAUCAGGCGGAUAUGGACAUGCGGUUUUUGGGAGUCGCGAUGAACUUCAAUGAUGUCUACGCGCCUGUGAAGAGAAGGAGGCAGAAGACGACGGAUAAGGUACAGGUGCCGCCUAGUGCUACUGGCUCGACGACGAGAAGACCGCAAGGGAAGGCCGAGGAGGGCAAAGCAUGA